UUCAUAGCUUUCGAUUCACCAUCGUCUCUCAAUUGUGAAGAUCUUCUUCUUUCUAGAUUCUCUCUUUCUGCCCGUCAAUUCUCAGUUCAUCAAUCUCAUACAAACAAGGGUUUUCAGAUUUCUCAAUCGCACAUUUUGUUUAAAUGUGUUCAUAGAUAUAGGAAGUUUGAGUUUUUUCUUGAAAAGCCUUUAGGGUUUCGCGUACACUUAUCUGGGUUAUGAGAUUAACUUUCAGAUCGUUAGUUCUAGACGUAGUUUAGUGCAUUCUUUCUUGAUUUUUGAACUUCGAGUGAUCGAUCUGUAAUGGACUCCAAGGAUUCGUCUUCAUCGGCUCCAAUUGUUAGUAGGGAAAGUGUUUCAUUUCUUGAAGAUGAAGGAAUUAUGUCUGUCGCAGCUGUACUGGCAAAGGAUGCUAGCUUUUCAUUUCAUUCUGGGAAGUUUGCUGAAUGUAUUGAUGCGUUGAAUCAGCUUUUGCAGAGGAAAGAAGAUGAUCUGAAGGUUCUACACAAUCUUGCUAUUGCAACAUACUUUCAAGAAGGCUGUUCAGGUCCCAAGAAGUUAAUUGAAAUGCUUAGUGAAAUUAAGAAGAGAAGUGAUGAUCUUACAUGUGCAUAUGGUGAACAAGCAGAGACUGUUGGUGAUUCCGUAAACAAAACCAUUACAGGAUCCAAGGGAAAUAACAAUUCACUGCAUAUAACUUUGGCUAAUAGUUCGCAUAUUGGUCAUGGUGACAAACUUGAUACUUCUGUCGUGAUGCUAAAUAUAGCAGUCAUCUUGUUUCAUCUUCGUGAAUAUGCAAAGGCAUCCUCCAUUUUGGAUACUUUAUACCAGAAGAUUGAACCAAUUGAUGAGGUAACAGCUCUUCGUAUUUGUCUUCUUUUUAUGGACGUUGCUCUCAUUUUGGAAGACUCGUUGAGAUUUAUUGAAGUUACCAACUAUGUGGAGAAGGCUUUCUGCAUUGGUAAUACUGCAGCUCAAAGUGAUGGCACGAUCUUUAUUCAGCAACAAUCGUCCAACAACACAAUGACCAAGUCUCAUUCUGCUCCAAUCAACACAACCAUCUCCGAUUCCUCUAAUGCCGAUUCUCCCAUGUCUGGAAACACAACCGAAGGCUCAUUAUUGAGGACAUUAUCGGAAGAAAAUCUCGAAAAUCUAAUUUCGACUAUGGACAUGACUGGACAGAGCAUAAUAAGGGCAUCAAACUCGAACCUCCUGUCCUCCUCCAGUGAGAUUUUAAGGAUUCCAGUUGAUCAGUACAUAUCGACCAACGAUCUAAGGCUGAAACUGCAUCUGUACAAGGUCCGGUUCAUGCUCUUCACUAAAAACAUCAAGGCCGCUAAACGUGAGAUUAAGGUCGCGAUGGCUAUGAACGUAGCCAGCGGGAAAGAUUCUUCCAUGGCUCUUUUACUGAAGUCUCAACUCGAAUACGCUCGAGGAAAUUACCGUAAAGCCAUCAAACUUGUGAUGGCAUCGUCGGGUAACAGGACCGAGCAGGGGAUCUCGAGCUUAUGUUACAACAACCUUGGAUGCAUUUAUUAUAGGUUGGGUAAACAAAAUGCGUCGGCUAUAUUCUUUUCGAAAGCGUUGGAUAACUGCAAGCGAAAGGAUGAUGGUCCUUUGAAGCUCGCCACUUUCUCGCAGGACAAAUCUUUGCAAAUAACGUAUAAUUGUGGUGUGCAGUAUUUGUCGAGUGGGAAACCAUUGUUGGCUGAACAUUGCUUUCGUAAGGCUAGUUCGAUCUUUAAAGACCGACCUCUAUUGUGGCUUCGCAUAGCUGAAUGCUGUCUGAUGGAACUCGAGAUUCUGAAUCGCAUAUCUGACAUUAAACUUCUCGUUAUCGGAAAGGGGAAGUGGAGGCAACUUGCAGUUGAUGAUGAAAAAGAUAUGGAUAUUGAUGAUGAACAAGAUGAUAUGGACAAUAAUAAUAAACAGUCUGAUUUGUCUUUUUCCCUGGCGAAGAAGUGUCUUGUCAAUGCUUUGUAUUUAUUGAACCAGAAGAACUCUAAUGGUGAUUCAACGUUAGAUUGGGAAGGUAGUCGUGGAAGAGAGAAUCAGAUGAUGAAACAAGCUGUUCUUGCUGACCUGGCUUACGUAGAGCUUGAAUUGGGUAAUCCUUUGAAGUCGCUGUAUUACUCUGAGCUUCUUCUGAAACUUCCGGAAUGUUCUAAAAUAUAUAUCUUCCUCGGAAAUAUAUAUGCUGCGGAAGCUCUCUGCUUGCUGGAUCAGCCCAAGGAAGCUUCCGAACAUUUGUUCGUUUAUUUGGCAAAUACUACUGGUAAUGGUGAACAACUCCCUUAUAGUGAUGAAGAUUGUGAGCAAUGGAAAACCGUAACAAGAAGUGUGGAUUCGGAAGAAAUGAGUAAUGGAUCACAUGAUUUCGAGUUUCUAAAGCCUCGGGAAGGGUGUGGAAGCCUAUACUCUAGCUUAGCUGCUUUGAUGGCAGUUCAGGGAGAUCUUGAACAGGCUCGUCAAUUCGCAGAGCGGGCUUUGACAUUAUUACCCACGAACCGGGAAGCUAUUAUAACUGCCACUUAUAUUGAUCUUGUGAUAGGUAAUGUCGAAGAAGCUCUCGUGAGAUUGAAACAGAGCAGUAGUGUCAGGUUUGUUCCGAGUAGCGGUUUAGAGAUGAAGAGUUUGGUUUAGAGAUGAAAUUAGCGAUUUGGGUGGCAAUUGCAUUUACUGUCGCUUUUUUACCCAGGUUGGUGACUUUUACAUUUGUAACAUACUAUUACAUAGUUUUUUGUUAUGUUUUUUUGGGUUUUUCGGACUUAAGAAAAUAAGGAAAUUACGUCUUUCUGUUGUAUCCUUAGGUUUUUAGAUUUGGUUGAUGUAGCAGUUUUCUUUUAUUGUUCUUUGGUUGGAGGAUUUUUAGAUGUCAAUCUGAACAAAGAUUGUUCACUGGUUAACAUCAGUGAAAUUUAGAGGCUCUUUAUGCAGAAAGAAUUCAUUUUUGAACUUAA